AAAAAAAAAACGGCAUCCUCGUGCUUACGGUUAGCCGCGCUCCUGGCGGCCGGCGAGAACAGCUUCGAACCGGUUUGCUCGCCGGCCACACAGCGGCCACAAAACGAGAAAAUGAAGGAGGGAGGAGAAAGGCGGAGGCGCAGUGCGCUGAUGCUCGGCCUCCAGUUGACACCUCCUCUACUAGACGUCACCCAAAAUAACGGCGAGGUGGUUUGUCCCCCCCCCCCCCCCCCCCCCUACUACAAAAGCGCAGGUCGUUUCCCCAUCCGGGAGGCUCCAUCCUACAUGGAAAGUUGCCGCGAACGAGCGCGUAUCGCCACCGCUAGCAGCGGCCGCUGUUGAGGUAGCCACUUCCUCACCCGGCGGGCAGCGGCAACAUCAUCGCCGACAUGGCUUCCAGAGCGCUGGACGGCGGCUGGGGGUGGGCGAUCGUGGUGGCCUCCUUCCUGGCCCAGCUGCUGGCUUACGGCUCCCCGCAGUCGGUGGGCGUCCUCUACCCGGAGUGGCUGCACGCCUUCCAGGAGGGCAAGGGCCUGACGGCCUGGGUGGGCUCCCUGGUGGCCGGAGUGGGCCUCAUUGCUAGUCCCGUGUGCAGCGCCUGCGUGGACAACUUCGGCGCUCGCCCCGUCACCAUCUUUAGCGGCGUCAUGGUGGCCGGCGGCCUGAUGCUCAGUGCCUUCGCUCCCAACGUCCAGUUCCUUAUCUUCUCCUACGGCAUUGUCGUCGGUCUGGGUUGCGGUCUGGUCUACGCAGCCACCUUGACAAUCACCUGUCAGUAUUUUGACAAGAGACGCGGCCUCGCCCUCGGCAUCGUCACCACAGGCACCAGCGUCGGAGCCUUCAUCUACGCCACGGCUCAGAACGAGCUGAUCGUGCUGUACGGCCUGGACGGCUGCCUCCUGAUCAUCGGCGCGUUGGCGCUCAACCUCAUGGCCUGCGCCGGCUUCAUGAGGCCCCUCGACAUGCCGGGCUACUACCUCAAACGGCGGGCGGCCCUGGAACGCAACACGGAGCGGCAGCUCCUCGAAAAGCCCCGGCCGGACGAGCUGAAGAUGGCGCCGGGUUCCGCGACGUCCCCCCAGGACAAAAGCCUGAUGGGGAAGGAGCUCCUCAUCGCCAUCGACGGCAUGGACGCCGGCGAGAAGAAGCCCGGCGGCUUCCUGGCUCGGCUGGGCCUCAUGAAAGUCAUCAAGAAAAAGAGGCGGGCCUACUCCUCGUACAUGAGCUCCAUGUACGAGCUGCUGCAAAACCAAGCCAUGGUGGCCUUCUGCAUCGGCGUCUUCCUGUUCAGCCUGGGAGCCUUCCCUCCGGUGCUCUUAAUCGAGGACGUGGCGCAGAGCCAGGGACUCGUCGAAGAGGUCGCCGUCAUCCCCCUGGUCUCCAUCGGCGCCAUCGCCACCUGCGUGGGCAAGCUGGCGCUGGGGAUCCUGGUGGACAUCAGCUGGAUCAACAGCAUGUACCUGUACGCCUUCACCAUGUUCGCCGGAGGCGUGGCGCUCUUGCUCAUCCCCGUCGUUCAAAGCUACUUGGGGCUGCAGAUCCUCACCGCCGUCCUGGGCUUCUUCUCGGGAAACUGGUCCAUCACGUCCUACGUGACCACGAAGACCGUCGGCUUGGACAAGCUCACGCAAGCCCACGGGAUCGUCAUGUUCUUUGGAGGAUUUGGCAUCAUGCUCGGACCGCCCGUUGUCGGCUGGUUCUUUGACUGGACGCAGUCUUACGACCUGGCGUUCUACUUCAGUGGCGGCUGCGUGUUGCUGGGAGCGCUGGUUCUCUCCCUGCUCACGCUGCCUUGCCGCAGCAGGAAACCCUCGCCCGACGACGACGACGACGACCGGCCGGACGUCCAGUACACCGGCAAGUGCGACAAGGUGGCAUCCGUAGCAUGAAGACGAAC